AUGGACCUAAUGAACGGGCAGGCAAGCAAUGUUAAUAUUGCUGCUACUGCUUCUGAGAAAAGUAGCAGUUCUGAAUCAUUAAGUGACAAAGGUUCUGAAUUGAAGAAAAGUUUUGAUGCUGUGGUAUUUGAUGUCCUUAAGGUUACACCAGAAGAAUAUGCGGGUCAGAUAACACUAAUGGAUGUUCCAGUAUUUAAAGCCAUUCAACCGGAUGAGCUUUCAAGUUGUGGAUGGAAUAAAAAAGAAAAAUACAGUUCUGCACCAAAUGCAGUUGCCUUCACAAGAAGAUUUAAUCAUGUAAGCUUUUGGGUUGUUAGAGAGAUUCUUCAUGCUCAAACAUUAAAAAUUAGAGCAGAAGUUUUAAGCCACUAUAUUAAGACUGCUAAGAAGUUGUAUGAGCUGAAUAAUCUUCAUGCACUUAUGGCAGUGGUUUCUGGCUUACAGAGUGCCCCAAUUUUCAGAUUGACUAAAACAUGGGCGUUAUUAAGUCGAAAAGACAAAACCACCUUUGAAAAACUAGAAUAUGUAAUGAGUAAAGAAGAUAAUUACAAAAGACUCAGAGACUAUAUAAGUAGCUUAAAGAUGACACCCUGCAUUCCCUAUUUAGGUAUCUAUCUGUCUGAUUUAACAUACAUUGAUUCAGCAUAUCCAUCAACUGGCAGCAUUCUAGAAAAUGAACAAAGAUCAAACUUGAUGAAUAACAUCCUUAGAAUAAUUUCUGAUUUACAGCAGUCCUGUGAAUAUGAUAUCCCCAUGUUGCCUCACGUCCAAAAAUACCUGAACUCUGUUCAGUAUAUAGAAGAACUGCAAAAGUUUGUGGAAGAUGAUAAUUACAAGCUUUCAUUAAAGAUAGAACCAGGGACAAGCACACCACGUUCUGCUGCUUCCAGGGAGGAUUUAGUAGGUCCUGAAGUAGGAGCAUCUCCACAAAGCGGAAGAAAAAGCAUGGCAGCUGAAGGGGCCUUGCUGCCGCAGACACCGCCAUCCCCUCGGAACCUGAUUCAGCACGGACAUAGAAAGUGCCACAGCCUGGGUUACAAUUUCAUUCAUAAAAUGAACACAGCAGAGUUUAAGAGUGCAACGUUCCCAAAUGCAGGGCCAAGACAUCUAUUAGAUGAUAGCGUCAUGGAGCCCCAUGCACCAUCUCGAGGCCAAGCUGAAAGCUCUACUCUUUCUAGUGGAAUAUCAAUAGGUAGCAGUGAUGGUUCUGAACUAAGUGAAGAGACUUCAUGGCCUGCUUUUGAAAGGAACAGAUUAUACCAUUCUCUCGGCCCGGUGACAAGAGUGGCACGAAAUGGCUAUCGAAGCCACAUGAAGGCCAGCAGUUCUGCAGAAUCAGAGGAUUUGGCAGUACAUCUAUAUCCAGGGGCUGUUACUAUUCAAGGUGUUCUCAGGAGAAAAACUUUGUUAAAAGAAGGCAAGAAGCCUACAGUAGCAUCUUGGACGAAAUACUGGGCGGCUUUGUGUGGGACGCAGCUUUUCUACUAUGCUGCCAAAUCUCUAAAGGCUACAGAAAGAAAACAUUUUAAAUCAACAUCAAAUAAGAAUGUGUCUGUAGUAGGAUGGAUGGUGAUGAUGGCUGAUGACCCAGAACAUCCAGAUCUCUUCUUGCUGACUGACUCUGAGAAAGGAAAUUCGUACAAGUUUCAAGCAGGCAGUAGGAUGAAUGCAAUGCUGUGGUUUAAGCAUUUGAGUGCAGCCUGCCAAAGCAACAAACAACAGGUUCCUACAAACUUGAUGACUUUUGAGUAA